AUGCUAUUCAUAGUGAUUGCAGCACUUUUGAGCCAUGGUAUCUAUGGAUUACCAGCAAUCAAUUUUACAGAUAGUGCCGUACCAAAGGAAAUGAUUAAAACAUUGAGCGAAGCUCUUGUAGCUCCAACUGAACAACAAGCAGGUCAAGUUGAUCCCAAAGGAUUUUACUAUCCAUAUGCAUAUCAAAAUGUGAACUGGUACAACUUUCCUUAUUUAUGGCCUGCUGUUGCUGGUGGUCUUCUUGACCCAACUGCACCAUUUGCCGGUCUCGGUGCAUCACUGACAGGUUUGGGAACUGGUUGUCCAACGGGUCUUUGCCCAUCUGGUGCUACCUGCUCGCAACUUUCGGGUCAAUGGCAAUGCGGAUGUGGCCUCAACGGUUGUGUCGGAGGUAUGUGA